AUGGACGGCCAGCUCCUCCUGGUGUUGCUGCUGCUUGGGGCCUCCGGGCUGCGGGGACAGGGGGCCGGGGGUCCCGAAGAGGCGCCCCCCGAGGAGGAAGAUGGGGUGUUGGUGCUGAGCCAGCACACCCUGGGCCGCGCCCUGCAGGAGCACCCCGCUCUGCUGGUGGAGUUCUGCCCCCGCGAGGCCCAGGGCAUCACCGAGUGGCUGAAGCGGCGAGUGGGGCCCAGCGCCACCCGGCUGGAGGACGAGGAGGGCGCCCAGGCGCUGAUCGAGGCCAGGGACGUGGUGGUCAUUGGCUUUUUCCAGGACUUGCAGGACGAGGAUGUGGCCACCUUCCUGGCCCUGGCCCAGGACGCUCUGGACAUGACCUUUGGCCUCACGGACCGGCCGCAGCUCUUUCAGAAGUUUGGCCUCACCCAGGACAGCGUGGUCCUCUUCAAGAAGUUUGACGAGGGCCGGGCAGACUUCCCAGUGGACGUGGAGCUGGGCCUGGACUUGGGGGACCUGUCCCACUUCCUCCUCACGCACAGCCUGCGCCUGGUCACGGAGUUCAACAGCGAGACCUCACCUAAGAUCUUUGCAGCCAAGAUCCUCAACCACCUGCUGCUGUUUGUCAACCAGACACUAGCCCCACACCGGGAGCUGCUGACGGGCUUCCGGGAGGCGGCUCCCCCAUUCCGGGGGCAGGUGCUGUUCGUGGUGGUGGACAUCGCGGCUGACAACAGCCACGUGCUGCAGUACUUCGGCCUCAGGGCCGAGGAGGCCCCCACUCUGCGCUUCAUCAACAUGGAGACCACCAAGAAGUACGCGCCUGCAGCGGGUGGGCCACUCAGCGCGGACUCGGUGGCCGCCUUCUGCCACGCUGUCCUGGGCGGCCAGAUCAAGCCUUAUCUGCUGAGCCAGGACGUCCCUCCCGACUGGGACCAGAGGCCAGUCAAGACCCUCGUGGGCAAGAAUUUUGAGCAGGUGGCUUUUGACGAA